UACUCAAUGACGAUGGGUCGCAUUCAACUUCAAACAAAUGCAGAUCAUCGUGGAGGAUGUUGAGCAAAGAAUGGCCGCUUUGUGAUAACCACUUGCCAACAGCCACGGAGAUAUCUACAUAUAGACUCUAAGACUUUAUACAUGGGAAUAUACAGACAAUAAUAUAGGAGAACGUCAUGACCCUAUAAAUUCUAGCAAGUUAAUGAACAUAUGUGCAACAGUCUCGAUACGCUGAUAACUGACUUGAAAAUAAGGAUUAAACAUAAAAUUAUAUAGGAGCAGUCACUAUUUACGUACUAAAGAUGGCGGCGGCAAUUCUCCACACGUAUGGUAUGGGUCAGUUGAAACAAGACCAACCUAGUAUCCUUGCAAACCUUAAGGAACAAUCAACUACAAUCAUGCGCGAUGAUGACGCUCUACAUAUAGAAGCAAUGGAAAUGACGCCAAUCCCAAAGAGGUCACCGCGACACAAGCCAACUAAACCUCGUGCCAAGCCCAAACCUAAGACCAAAGCAAAAGAUACGUUGAGCGUGAAGGCAGCGAAACUACGAGAGACUUGUGAUAUGUUAGCGCUCAAAUUCUCAAUUCUCGGGACACUUAUAGUUGGAGCUGUUGAUAUAAUUACAGACUGGGUUAAUUGCGCUGAGAUACUGAAACAUCCGAUAGAGCAUGAGAGUAUGGGUGGGAACGCUGGUAAAAGGACACUGCAUGCGAUUCUAGCUUUCUGCUGCGUUGCCGCACUUUUGAAUUUUCUUCAACUUCAUUACGUCAAAUAUGUAUUCUCUGGAAAGCGUGGACCGUUCAUAACACUUUUCCGAAAAAGUUAUGAAUUUUGUGAUAUGAACAUAAGCCUUCUGUUACUCAUUUUAGAAGAUUUGCCAAUAGGAAUGGUGAUGUUGGUGGUGUCUAUGUCAGAUUUGUGUGUUCUUAAGGCGCAUAUCCCAACCCUUUUGAAUAGAAUAUCAUGUGUAGCGAGUCUUGUAAGCGUCUUAUGGAAAACCGGACAGGCGUUGUAUUAUAUUUGCAUCGUUAGUGGUCGACGAAAAUGUCUACAAUACGAAUGCGAUUUGAGGCAAAGGUAUGGAUGUGGAUUUACUGUACUCAUCUUAAUUCUAGCAACGUUUUCGGUGACGUCUUAUAAUGCAUACGAGGCUUUUAGAGAUCACCCGGAACUGGAUCAAGUUCUCGUGAACACAAAUCAUCGAUCCGUGUAUAGAUGGCAAUCUCAUGACAGCGAGGGAAAUAUCACGGAAAGUUCAUAUCAUAUCGAUAAAAUAAAUCCACUUUUGACAGUUCAGAAUAUUUUCGACCCGGAACGAGGCUCCAUAAACAGAUUCAAGGUUCCAUGCGCAGACGUUACGCAUGAUCCACGGUAUCUAAUUGAAAACCAGGACGAGUUUGACCCUACUAGAAAUGACACUUGUUUUUUCAUGAUACGGUUCUUUUAUAACCAGGACAACGGUACCGUUAAUUAUAACUUUGGAUACGGAACGGGAAAAGACAUUAAUGGUGCAAAUAUCAGUUGCAAAAACCCUCGUAAAAGCCAUAUUCCAUUGAAUUGGACCGAUGAAGCAUACAAAGGACUACUUGAGCAGAACUGUAGCAUCAACCCUCUGCAGAUCAAACUAUUGGAGGAACAGACUAGAGAAGAACAUCGCAAAGGAAUGCUUUUUCUUCAGUUCUUGAACCGCCAAAAAGAUGACGCGCAUGAACUUUCAAAACCAAAAUGUAAAGCCUCGUUCUCGGCGAACGUAACGGAGCAGAACAAUUACCUGCUUCCUAUAAAUGUGACAUUUAAUCAGCAAGUUUGUAGAUUAAACGUUAAACAUAAUGCAACAUUUAGCUUGUGUAACAGUGACGCCGAUAUUAUCGGCAAAAAUAUUAUUCUGCUGACGUGCUGCGUUACACUCACCUGGCUUCUGCGAGCGUUUUGGUUGUAAUCACAUGGAUAGAGUCCCUUUCAGAUGGAUAGAUUUUACAGUUUUGAUUUUAGUGAGAUCUAGACGACAAUGUCCCACAAAAGUGAUUUUGGUCUGUGACUUUUUU